AUGUUCUUCCGUCCGUGGCUCAUUGCGCUCUUUGCUCUCCUCUUCAGUCUGCAGGCGACAUGCGCCCCCCUUCAGCUGCGAUCUCCAACCGUCGAAGAGAACCAACUAGAGUCCACGGCUAGCACAGAGUCCUCAACGCACGAUGCAUCCGUCAUAAACCCUAUAACACAACGCCACGACCCCAACGACCAAAUACCUAGCUUCCACGGAGAACCCGACUGGAGAGACAAUCAAGCCCUCAAACUUGAAGCAGAACGAGAAGCCGGCUUUGUGGCGAGCUCUGCCAGUGACGAUGAAAUCCCACUCCCGGAGUUCUGGCCUUUGUUCAAAAUCUGUGUGGUUUCAGCAAUAGGAAUUGCCAUUCUCAAGAUCAUACGAGACGUCCGUCGAUGA